AAUCGUGGUGAAGUUACAGACGCUCUGCAAACCCGCUUUUGAAGCGGGUUAUUGCUAAGCGUGGAGGGAUACCUGCUACAUCGACCAGAACAACAAUGUUGAACUCCAAAAAUUAGUGAGCUUCAUGUUCGUCUGGUAUCGCCUCUCAGCACUUGCCAUCGCCAACUUAUCGGAUGUUCUACCUUCGUCGAAGUCUGUCGCACCCGCAAAUAGCACUUGGAAUACAAUGGACCCUGUAUCUCGACGAUCGCUCAAGCAGCCACAAGGAAUCGUUCGCUACCAUGCAGGUGUUGGAACGUUCAAUAAGCAUAAAUAAACAGAUGCUGAGUGCUCAUAGGAAGGCCCACUCGGUAGACAUUCUUGCUCAUUCGUCCAGGAAUCGUCAGGAAUACAAGAGAAUUGCCUCUGAUCAUAAUAUUAUGGCGCAGGUCAAGAUAUGGCUUCUGUCCAUGACAUGAUGGUCAUCAGGACGCUGGAAAUAAUGCAAUUGCAUUGAUUUCGGAGAAAGGGAGUCUCUAACGCGUUCUCAUUGAUACCUGCAUGGGGCAUACGCCUACAAAUUCGUUAAAUGAAAUCACGUCUAUCAUGAUGUCUCACGGAAUAGAAUUU